CACCAAGAAGUUGGAUUGUCCUGUUGUAUUCAGCGUGAAGAAACUCCUACUGUUUCCUGGGUAUAAAAUCGAAAAAGAUUCUAAAUGGAACAGAACUGUUGCUUCAAAAAAAUUGAAAGGCGCAUUGGUGAAGUAUCACAUGAAAGAUGAUCAAUUAACAAUAGAGAGUCGAUUGCAGUAUAUAACGACAUUUCCAACUGAGACGCAUAGCAACCAUAAUAUGGGAGAGGCUGCUGGAUUAAUCGAACCAUUGGACCAACGAGUUGCUAAUUAUAUGAAACAAUUAAUUAGAGGUGGUUGUCGAAAAACAAGAGAGCUGAAGUUGGCAGCAGCUGAGUUUGUGAAAAACACUAUUUUUUCUGGUAGAUCAAAUCCAGAAAAAAGUAGGCGCAGAUUCACGCCAAGUAGAAAGAAAAUCAAAAAUUUGAUUACUUCAGUCAAAAUCGAAACACGAUAUUCAAAGAUUGACCAGGAGAAAGUUGAGUCUUUGAAAAACGAAUGGUCAGACUGGGCGGAUAUCUAUUUCAGUGCACGGUGAGACUAUACGAAUGCUUUUACGAAAUGUUUUUUUUUUUUUUUAUCUCCGUAUUUAAUUAAUUUCAUCUUGCAACUUUUUUCAAGAUUGCAAAACAAACAAGUUGAAGUUACUACUGAAUUCAAAGACGAUGAAAUCAAUGAUAAAAACGAUAACGAUCUCGAUAUUGACGAUGAAGAAGUGGGCGAGGAAGAGCAAAAAAUUUAUGACACCACAUCUACCGAUGGUAAAUUUCUCUUCGU